AUGGCCUUUCAACCCAAAACCGAACCUGGGUCCCCGCUUAGGUCCUUUUCUACCACCCAUAAAAAAAACUACAGUGAGAUGAGCAUUUCUGAGCUUGUUUCAGUUCUACGUGUUGCGUAUCAAAUGAAGGAUUUUGAUAAAGUUGAAGAAGAGUUGGUGAACAGAGAAGUCAAGUUUAGGGCAGAGAUUGGGUCACUCCGGGAGAAGAUUGAGGUGGAGAGGCUCAAGGGUAUUGAAACCGAAGAAAGACUGAAAAUCAGAGAGGAACAAUAUGAAAAGGGGAAGAGAGCCCAGGAGAAUUAUGAGCAGUUGUUGAAGGAUGUGAAAAAAAAUGGCUUGGUUGAAAAAAAUACUAUUGGGGAGUUAAGGAAAAAAAACGGUGCUUUAGAACGUGAAGUUUGUGAGCUGAAGGAGUUCAAGAAGAAAAGGCUAGAUGAUGGUAUUUCUGUGGCUGAACUAAGGACCAAAAUCCGUGCAUUGGAGGAGCAGAAGGUUGGGGACAAGAGUGGUCUUGAUGUCCUUAACAGGAAGAACAUUGGACUGGAGGAAACAGUUAAGAAGAAUUUGAAUGUCAUAGAAGGGUUGAGGACUGAAAAUGAUAAAUUGAAGGACGAGAUGCACGAACGUAAGACAUUAUUUGAGUCUUUGGAGAGGAAAUAUAGUGAACUAAGUGUCAGUGUUGCGAAGUUGGAAGAUGAUAUAAAACUUUUGAUGAGUGAAGGAGCCUCUAAUUGUGGGAACACUGAAGUGGAGCCUAAUCCUGGAGUUUCUUAUGUUGUCAAAGAUGAAGAGGAUGUUGGUGACUACGAGCUUGAAAAUGACACUGGGGAACCUGUUCCUUUCCAAAGGAAUGAAGAUACUCGCCACUCUCCUGAUACCGGCAUUGCUCAGGCUCCCCCCUACAAAAGGAACAAGGAUGAUGCUCUACGUGCAUCAGGAGUAAAAUUCAAAUUGGAAAAGGAGGUCAUAGACCUAGUUGGUGAUGAUGAUGAUGAUGUUGUGUGUACAUCACAAGGAUUGCAUAGUGAGAAAGCUAUUUCUCAAAUUAUUGCAAAAAAUGAACGUUCACAAAGGGUUGAAACUAUCAAAAGAAAACGGGCUUUUGAUACUCAGACAUGUACUUCCACAUCUGCAUCCUCUGCUGAUUUAUUUGAAAUAGAUAGACUCCCUAUAAAGAGAAGUAAAACUUCCAUCGCCAGUUCUGAUAUAUACUCUUUGCCAGGAUACUUCCUCACUCGCAGAAUCUAG